AUGCCAGGGCCAGAUAUACGAGCUGACGACAAUGUCCUUGGCGAAAUGUCUACGGAGCCCACGGCUACCGUUCAUAGCGGCGUCGAGGCUAAAGCAGAAAGAAAAUUGACUGUUCUAGAAACUCAUGGAUAUAUACUUGGCAGAACUAUUGGAUCGGGGUCUUACGCCACCGUCAAGGUGGCUACCAGCGACAGACAUAACUGCCAAGUUGCAAUAAAAAUAAUAAGUAAAUUUCAAGCACCGGGUGAUUACUUGAAAAAGUUCCUGCCAAGAGAAAUUGAAGUAGUCAAAGGACUGAAGCAUGAAAACUUGAUACGUUUCCUACAAGCAAUCGAAACUACGCAUAGAGUGUAUAUUGUAAUGGAAUAUGCUGAAAAUGGAAGUCUUCUAGACAUUAUUCGAAAAGACCAGCACAUUGAUGAAGCAAGGGGGCGCCGUUGGUUCAAACAACUGGUCGAAGCUGUAGACUAUUGCCAUGAACGAGGCGUUGUCCAUCGCGAUAUAAAAUGCGAGAACUUGCUAAUGGAUCAUGGUUUGAACAUUAAACUAUCCGAUUUCGGGUUUGCAAGAGGUCAUAUGAAACCCAAGAAUGGAGUAUUUGCCCUAAGUGAGACGUUUUGCGGUAGUUACGCUUAUGCCUCUCCCGAAAUCCUCAAAGGGGUUCCAUAUAGACCCCAGGAUUCUGAUGUUUGGAGCAUGGGUGUUGUUUUAUACGCAAUCGUGUACGGCCGCUUACCAUUUGACGAUACGAAUUACACGCAGCUGUUGAAGCAAGUUCAAAACAAAGUAUCAUUCCCUCGCGAACCGAAAGUUUCUGUAGAUUGUCGAAAAUUAAUCACUAAAAUAUUGGCCCCGUUAAAAAUUCGAGCCAAAAUACCGCAAAUACUGGCCGAUCCCUGGCUCUGUCCGACACAACCCAGCAAAGACGAAGAGUUAGACACCAAUCAGGAAAACGCUCACGCAAGCAAAGAUGAAAUUAAAAGCGUUAAUAUUGGCACAGUAACGUUUGACCGGAAAUUAGAAGAAGUUAAAUGA